AUGGAAGGAUUAAGACAAUCUCUGUUUGCACCAGCUGCCAGUUCCGUCUUUUUGGUUGCGGGCAUUGCCGCUGCCGUCAAAGAACAGGUCGGAGCUCGGUACUCUGCCAAGGAUGACGAAGGAAACAAACUGUACACCCAUCCCUACAGUCCAUGGAUUGAGAUUGAUCCCAAGUACAAGGAUCAAGCCGACAAGGCGUGGAGAGCGUUCAAAAUGUGUGAGAACGUCAAAGAGUGGGCCUUCUUCAGUAUGCCGCUGCCCUGGGUUAUUGCGGUGUUCGGCGGUUCGUUGCCGUACGUGGAAGAUUCUUAUGUGAGCUACUUUUUGGGGGUAACCAGUGUGCUGUAUGGCUAUGCCAACUACCAAUUCAUUUACGGUUAUUUGGAAUCACCCGAAAAGCGCCUUACAGGCUUCAAGCUGCGCAUGCGGGUUUUCUUUCUGUGGUUGUCAGGAUCAGCAGUAUCUCUGCUGGGAUAUGGUCUGAUUGCCGCGGGAAUCCGCUCCCCUUAA